CACUGCUGUACAAGAAUCAGAGAAAAAGGCACAGUUAGUCCCUGUUCCCCUAAAUAUAGGCUGCUUGCAGAUCAAGAUUUUGGUGUAGGACAAUUUUUGUUUUGAUUUCUUUUGGAAUGAGCUGCUGGUUUAAAUUACUGGCAUUUAAACCUCCUCUUUGGCAAGUCUCCAAACAUGUCUAGGUCUGUUCUGUUUCCUGCAUAUUCUGGUUAACCUCAGUAACCUUCUCCUUGUGCUUGACCUGUACACACUCUCAGAUACAUGUGAUCAGGAUGGGAAAUGAGCCCUGAAUAUGUGGGAAUGUUUCUGAGCUGGACAAGUUCUUGUCUAUUCUGAUGAACGUCUCUUUUAUUUUUACAGAGGAUCUAACUGGGGACAAAUCUGAGGAAUCUGGUGCCUUUGAAUCUGGGCAAGCAAGUGAGGAGCUUAGUGGAGAAGCAAGUGGGGAACCUAGUGGACAAGUCAGUGGAGAGUUAGGCUGGGAGCCCAGUGGGCAACCUAUGGGUCAAUCCAGCCUCCCUGAAGAAAGCAGUGGAAGUGGAUCUGACCCCUCAUAUGAAAUAGAUUGAAGUGGAUGAAAUGUCCCCCCCGACUCCCUUCACAUCAUCAGCUGCAUUGAAGGAAAAUUCAAGCUUCAAAAUGAGAAACACAACUUCACCCUUGAGAAAUGAGUGUGUAGAGCAUUAGAAAGAGUGCUGAUGAGUUUGUUAAAUUUCUAAUAUUUGUGAUUAUUCUCUUAAUAAAGUAUUUAGGGUGCAUUAUAUUCUAAAAAGUGACUGUAAAAUGGUGACUUUUCAUUCAGUAGCUCUGCUGUGUGCAUGUAUCAAACUCAGAGUGACUGACUUUAAUGAUUAAAAUAUGGUUUUCAUGUGUGUUCAUCCUGAAGAGCCAUCACAUUUCAGAAGCUGGAAUGCCUUCUUCUGCAUCAUCCACAGAAUUAUUGACUGAAGUCUGGUUACACCUGUGCAAAGCCAUUGAUGGGAAUGGGACUGCACAAGUGUUACUGAGGGCAGAAUUUGUCCUGGAGUGCUUUUAUUAUUGAUGAAGAUGUAUGGGAAAAAAAGAAUCCUGCUUGAUUCUUGAAGCUCAGGCUGAGUUUGCAGAGUCAGCAGCUUGAAAAAAUACUAAAAUUCAAAUUAGUCCAAUUUCAAUGUAAAUUAUCUAUUUCUUUUUCUCUUCUUCUACAAUGUUUG